AUGAAGGUGGCUGCGGACCCAGACCCUCCCCUGGUCUCCCAGCCUGAUACGGAGCCAGAAGCAACCAAAGACAAGGACAGCUUCCGAAACUACACGUCUGGCCCGCUUCUGGACCGUGUCUUCACCACCUACAAGCUUAUGCACACUCGGCAGACUGUGGACUUCGUCAGGAGGAAGCAUGCCCAGUUCGGGGGCUUCUCCUAUAAGAGGAUGACUGUCAUGGAGGCUGUGGACAUGCUGGACGGGCUGGUGGAUGAGUCAGACCCCGACGUGGACUUCCCCAACUCCUUCCAUGCCUUCCAGACGGCUGAGGGCAUCCGGAAGGCCCAUCCAGACAAGGACUGGUUCCACCUCGUCGGGCUCCUGCACGACCUGGGGAAGGUCCUGGCUCUGGCAGGAGAGCCCCAGUGGGCAGUCGUCGGAGACACCUUCCCAGUCGGCUGCCGUCCCCAGGCCUCUGUGGUCUUCCGUGACUGCACCUUCCAGGCCAACCCUGACCUCCAGCACCCCCUGUACAGCACGGAGCUUGGCAUGUACCAGCCUCACUGUGGGCUCGAGAACGUCCUCAUGUCCUGGGGCCAUGACGAGUACAUGUACCGGAUGAUGAAGUUCAACAAAUUCGCCCUCCCACCGGAGGCCUUCUACAUCAUCCGGUUCCACUCCUUUUACCCCUGGCACAAGUUCGGCGACUACCAGCAGCUGUGCAACGAGCAGGACCUGGCCAUGCUGCCCUGGGUGCAGGAAUUCAACAAGUUCGACCUCUACACCAAGAGCUCCAGCCUGCCGGACGUCGCCGCGCUGCGGCCGUACUACCAGGGGCUCGUUGACAAGUACUGUCCUGGCGUCCUGUGCUGGUGACCGCCCGCCCACCCCCUCACCCGCUGGGUGUCCCGGGCGCAGCCACUGUCCGGAACACUGUCGACCGCCGCAGCCCUUCCGGAGGACCCCACGGGCCCACCUGCACGGCCUGCCCGGCUGGCCCCGCUCCCUGCUGGCAAUAAAGACCCUGAAGC